AUGGUGGAACUGGUGGCUAAUGGUAACCUUUACCGAUGCUCUCGGCUAUGUUUCGGCCUAAGAGCUGGGCCCUGUUGUUUGUGGUCUGCUUUGGUUUUUAUUCUUGACCGAGCACUUUCGGAGAUUCCCGAUGAGAUCAAGGCACAUCUAUGGGAUUGUGCCAUAUACCUCUAUCUCGAUGAUUUGACGGUGAUAAUAAACGAAGGUGGUGAGUCUCCACGCCUCGUUGAUGGGAAAUCGAUCGGUGAUAUCUUGUUGGAUAAGAUUAUAGAAGUUGCCGGUCGGUACGGUUUCGACUUUCCCAAAGCCAAGGGUUUUGAUAGUAUGACUCAAAGAAGCUUUAAGCAUCUUGGUAUAUUAUGGGUAUUUGGGAAAGAUAGUCCCGGAAGUCUCGGCUUCUCUUGCAUCAAACAUAAGAUUGGUACCAUCCGUGAUAAUGAUGGGAAAAUCAAGACUAUGUGGACGAAGCGGUCACUGUAUUCGGUUUCUGCUAUUGCUAGCAGUGGGUGUGAUCCUUUACUUAUACAUGGUUCUGAACGGCUAGCUAGUGAUGUUUUGAAGAUAGUCGGUGGUGCCCUUGCCAGUGGACUCAAAUGGGAUGAUGAGUUUGUUGUGGAUCCAAAGAAUCCGGCUUAUCAUGUAUUGUCUUCAUGUCUCGACACUCUUGAGACCUAUCAGAACUCUGAAUGCUAUCACUCAGUAUGUCAAUUACAACCUGAGGAUGAGCUCCAUGUUUAUGUUGAUGCAAGCUCGGUAGCAUGGUCAUGGGUUAUGAUGAGUUAUAGUGUCGAGAAUCAGACUGAGUCAUUACUACAGUCAUCUGCGGGUAUUUUCAAGGAUGGCGCGCGUAGCUACCAUAUCAACCGUAAGGAGCUUAUCGCUUUGUCAAAAGCUGUUUUGGCUAUUCAUGGUGUGCUAUCGGGGAAGUGUAAGCACCCUUUGAUAUCCCAAGUGGUGGUGUACAGCGACUCGCAGACGGUUUGUCGUUGGACAACCACUAAUAGAUGCUCGGUGAAGAGCCUCGAACGAGUUGUUGUAAGAAGGCUUACCGAGUCUAUCAGGGAAAUUAUUACUGAUUUGGAGUCUACGGGUGUUUCUGUGGUUGUACGUAAGGUAGCUACCGACGCCAAUAAAGCUGAUGCUCUGUCUAGGUUACCGCUGUUAUGGGGUUACGAUCAGUUGGGAUUGUGUGGAUAA